AUGGCGUCUCUCCGUCAGUCGGCCUCGGUCGCUUCCUCCGUCUGCAAGCAGACUGCCACUCCCCGCUUGGCCCAGUCCGUGGCUUCCGUGCAGACAUGUAGCCGAUUCCCUUCAUUAUCUUCCUCCCCUCGCCUUCAAUCCUCAUACCGUCCGACCUCCUCUCAGCUCUCUAUCUCCACCCGCCAGACUCGCACAUUCCUUACGCAACUUCGCCGCCAAGCGCAAGCUCUUAAGGAACAGCCUAUUUCACCGUCCGCGCCCUUGCCCAAGCACGGCAAACAACCGAAGCCGACUCUAUCACUAACCAACCUUCCUUACUUCGUUCGCCGAACUGGAUCGAACCAGCUGCCUGUUUACCUCGUCACAAAAGCCGGCGGUACCAAGCAACUUACCAAGAUUCAGAAGACCGAGGGCGAUCUGGAUGCGUUGCGCAGCGAUCUGGCACUGACCCUAGGUGUUGACACUCGGAGCCCCGAUGUUUCAAUUAACCGUCUUACCGGUCACAUUAUCGUCAAGGGCUGGCGGAAACCCGAGAUUGUGAAGUUCCUCCAGGAACGCAACUUUUAA